ACUUGGCAAGAAAGUGAAGGUUAGUAACGUAGAGCAAGUUCUGUUUAUUAAAAUGAAGUGACAUAUUUCGUGCGGUAAUAUGACGUGGACUGUAAUUAUUUUCCGUGCAUCUUGAUCCACAUUUCGUAUGAAUUCAAGUGAUUGCCAACCGCCUGAAAUAACAGGCCCUGUGAUAAUUUUGCUCAGUUAAAUAUUUCAUUUAUUAGUGAUCAAUUCCACAUAUCCUCAGCAUUUCUGACAGUAUAUUAUGCUACAUCUAUAAAUAAUAUCAUAGUUAUCAUGAUGGUGAAUCUCCAGCUAUUCUUCACAUUGAGCCUCUAUAUUUAGUUGCAUUUUUAAUCGAGUUCUAGUGAUGAGUGUUAUAGUUUACGUUGGUGACAAGUGUUUGUGGCAAAUGUUGGAUUAAUAUUCGGCAACGAUGAGUGGACCUCCUCCCUCGAGCUUGCCGACAAGUGGCAACGCCUCGUUGUCCGCCUCGUGUGAGUCACUCGUGUCGACCACCUCAAUAUCGAGCACGGCAAGUCGACCUUCAGGUCUGCGGCAACCCUCGAAGAUCGGCCGACCUUGUCAGGGCCAUGCAGCUAAGCCGCCUGUGCCGCAGUCGCCGAAAGCAAAUGGGACUAACAGCACCAUUCAGAAGCUCAGUGAUGAUUUAGCCAAAAAGAAAAUAAGUACUGAUGAAAUGAUGAAUUUUCCCACCAGUGAAAGAAAGCAGAGCUACGACCGAAAGUCAUCAAAGGGCUCAGACUCUCUGUGGGCCGAUUUGAGAAGACUUAGCGAGGCUGGAGUACGAAGAGCUUCAGAUUCGAGCAUAGUGCUGACUGAGGACACAGACAGCUUUAUAAUUGGUGACCGGGUGUGGGUGGGGGGAACCAAGCCGGGGAGACUCGCCUACAUCGGGGAGACCCAGUUCGCUCCCGGCGACUGGGCUGGCAUCGUACUCGAUGAUCCCAUCGGGAAAAAUGACGGUUCUGUGGCGGGCGUCCGCUACUUCCAGUGUGAAAGCAAGAAGGGCGUGUUCUCGCGUCUGACGCGGUUGACGCGGAAACCGCUGCCAGGGGGGGACACCACUGAUGGGGCACCGCCACCGGUCACCACCACUCGACCUGUGACGUCACCAGUCGCCGCCACGCCAUCGCGCACCUCUACUGCGCAUGCUACACCCGCCACUGCGCAUCGAAUGUCCACAAGCCAGCGUGGCAGCAUCAGUGGUUCAUCCGGCACCCCAUCAGCUGAGCUGAAAGUGGGCGAUCGAGUGAUAGUUAUGAGCUCGCAGGGAUCAAAGGCGGGCAUGCUGCGUUAUGUGGGCACCACCCACUUCCAGGUGGGCCAAUGGUGUGGCGUCGAACUGGAUGACCCACUCGGCAAGAAUGAUGGAUCGGUGGCCGGCACCAGGUACUUCGACUGCCUCCCCAACUUCGGUCUCUUCGCACCUCUUCACAAGGUGUCCAAGUCUCCAGCCGGGGGCCGCAAAGCGUCGGCUGCCACCCCAUGCGUGAUGCACCCGGCCGGCAGCAAGAAGGGGGCGGCACACCAUGGCGGAUCCAGGGAGUCACUCAACUCAAUGGCCUCCACCGCUGCCUCCUCGGUCAAGAGCUCGGCCAGCCGGGUAAGGCUCGGGGUCACCUCCCUCGGACGCACCAGCACGCCCCUACGCACGCUUCGGAGUAGUCAGAAUGACGCUUCAGCAAAUGAUAAGGGCAAAUCUCCUCUUCAGGAGCUGCUAAGGGAGAAGCAGCAGCACAUAGAACAGCUGUUGAAGGAGCGUGACCUUGAACGAGCAGAGGUCACGAGAGCGGCCAGCCAAACAGAGGAUGCCGAGAGGAAGUUGGCUGACUUCAAGCAGGAAUUCUUGCAAGCCCAGGACGAGGCAGCAGCCCGACUGCAGGAUGUGCAGCUACAGCUGGACGACUUGCAGCGUGAGAAACGCCACCUGUUGGGUCAACUCGAAGAUGAACGUCGUCGCGUCGAGGAUGCUCAGUUUCGAUAUGAAGAGGAAACUAUUGCCAAAACUGAACUGCAGGCCACAAUCGAAAAAUACGAGAAACAGAUCAAAGAGCUGGAACAAUCAGACAGACUUGUGGCCGAAUCACUCGAAUCUGAGUCCAACAAACUAUUCGAAGCCGAGGAGGCAUUGGCCAAACUCCGAGAAGACUACGACAGUCUCAAAUCACAAAACGAAAGUGCAAACAAAUCAGAUCAAAACCUCAAACAAGAAUUCGAUGAAAAGAUCAAACAACUGCAGAACGAGAUCAAAACAAAAACAGACGAACAACUGAAAACAAACGAGGUAUUGAAGCAACUCACCGAAACAAACCAGAAAAAUCUGGAAGCUUUUGAGAAUGAGAGGAAAGUGUUGAAAGAGGAGGCCGCAAAGUAUCAGAGUAGAAUGGAGGAGUUGGAUAAACUGGUUAAAACUGCGGAGGAAAACAAAAUUGUGUUGGAAAAUACUGUAAAGAAGAUCGAGGAGGAAAAGAGGAAGGAAGUGGAGGAGAGAGAGGAGAAAUUGAAGAAGAUGGUGGAGGAGUUUGGUAAGAAGGAGGAGGAGUGGAAGGGGAAGAUUGACGAAAUUGAGAAGAAAUCUUCAGAGGCUGUUGAUAAACUCAGACAUGAAUCGAAUUCGAAUAAAAGUGAGAUUGAAAUUGGUUAUCAAAAGGAAAUUGAGAAGUUGAGGUCGGAUUUUGUGGUGGAGAAAGAGAAGUUGUUGAAAGAAAGAGGAAGUGUUGAAGAAGAUUUGAAUAAAAUUAGGUUGAAAUUGGAAGAGGUUGUAAAAGAGAAGGGGGUCAUUGAAGAGAAAUAUAAACUGGAUGAAACUAGUUUGAAGAAUAAUGUUGAGAAGCUGGAGAAAGAGUUGGUUGAUUUCAAGAAACAGAUUGAAAAAAAUAAGGAGAUAUACGAAGAUAAUGUGAAGAAAAAGGAGGAUGAGAUCUCUAAAUUGUUAGAGGAGAAGAAUAAAGCAUUCAAGGAGUAUUCAACUCUAAAUUUAACACUUGAAGAAAAGGUUGAAUCUAUAGAAAAGUACAAAAAGAUUGAAACAGAUUUGAAAAUUAAUGUGGAUAGAUUGGAGGAGAGUGUUAAGAAGUUGGAGAAACGGAUGAUGGAUGAUAAAAGUGUGUACGAAGAGAGUUUGAAGAAGAAGGAGAAUGAGGUGGGGAUGUUGAAGGAAGAGCAGAUGAGUGCGAAUAGUGAGAAGGGGAAUUUGAGUGAGAAUUUGAAGAAGUUGAAAGAGGAAUUGGAGGAACGGAAUGAGGUGUUGAAGGAGACGAAAAGUAGUCUUGAAAAGCUUCAACAAGUUGCCAGUGAGAAGGAUAAGGCGAUGGAGGAUCUGAAAUCACAGAUUGAAAGCAUCAAAAACCAACUAACAGCACUGAAAGCCGAAAAAGAGGCCGGACUGAGUCAAAUAGGCAGCCUAGAACUGAACAUCGGUGACGUCACACGCCAACUGAAGGACUCCCAGCAGAAAUGCGCUCAACUCACGGAACAAAAACAGAAACUGGAGGAUGAGCUCCUAAACGUGCUGGAUACAUCGACCAACUCCAACGAGCAGCUCACUAAAGUCAGCACGGAACUGCGCAGCCGAGACGCCGAGAUUGAAAAACUGCGGGAGGCAGCCGCUGAACAGCUGAGAUCUGCACAACACAGUCAGCAGGAAAUGGAGCAGAAACUUCAGCAACAGGUUAGAGCCACAAAGGAUUUGGAAACUAGUUUGAGUCAGCUGAAGGAAUCAGCUGUUAAAACUGAGCAACAACACGUCGAGAAAGUUGAGAAACAGUUGAAGAUACACGAGGAGGAGAAGAGUAGAUUUGAGGAAGAGGUGAAAGUGUUGAAGGAUAGGUUGAAAGAGAAUGAGGAGAUGUGUGGGAAGUUGAAAAGGGAACAGGAGGAGGCAAAGAAAGAGGGGGAAGGAAAGUUGACAAGCAUGGAGGAGGAGUAUGUAGGGAAGUUGAGGAGGAUAGAGGGAGAACGAGAUGAGUUGAAAACGAAGAUGGAGAGUUUGUUGGUUGUUGAAAGCAGUUUGAAGAAGGAGGUUGAGGAGGGGAAGUUGAAAGUGGAACGAGUUGAAAGUGAGUUGAAGUUGAAGGUCGGUGGGUUGGAGAGUGAGGUGGGCUUGUUGAAAGACAAGUUGAACGAGGCAGAUGAACGUGAAAAGAAGUUGAUGGAUGACAGCGUGGGGAAGAGUGGGGUGGUUGAGGAGUUUAAGGUGAAACUGGGUGAUUUGGAGGGGAAAUUAGUGGUUUUGGAAAAGGAAAAGCUAGAAACUGGUAGUUUGUUAGCCAGUAAAGUUUCUGAAGUUGAAAAGUUGUUGAAAGAGUUGGAAGGUGUGCGGGGGGAGAAGUUGGAAGGAGAUAGAAAACUGGAGGACAGUGAGAAGAUGAAGAAGAGUCUGUUAGAGGAGGUGGAGAAGUUUAAAAAGGAGGUGGGAGUGAAAAAGGAAGAGUGUGGGGCUUUGGAGAAGAAAGUGAAGGAGUUGGAGAAACAAAUUGAGAUGGAUAGAGAUAGUGUGAAGUUGAGUGUGGGGGAGAAAGACAGUAAACUGAGAGAAGUGAUGAAUGAAUGUGAGAAGGUAAAGAGUGAUAAGAAGGAUCUUGAGGAGAAGUUGGGGAAGACUGGAGAGGAGUUAGUUUUGUUGAAGGGGAGUUUGGAGAAGCAGAAUGAGGAGAAGAUGAAAUUGGAACAAGAGUUGGGAGCUAAAAAAUCGGAACUUGAGGGAUUGGGGAGGAAUUUGGAGGAGCAGAGAGUUGAGAAUGUUGAGGUGAGGAAGAAAUUUGAGGAAAGUUGUGGUAAUUUGAAUGAGUUGAGUAAAAAAGUUGAGGAGUUGAACGUGUGUUUGAGUGAGGGGAAAUCGGUUGAAUUGAGGUUGAAAAAUGAGGUGGCCGGGUUGGAAAAUGAGGUGAAAUCUCUGAGGGCUGAAAAGGAUGAUCAGGAAAAGAAGUUACUUUCCUCAGUUGCGGAUAAUAGUGGUAAACUGGGUGCACUAGUGAAGGAGAACGAGAAACUGAAGGAAGAGUUGAAAACUAGUUUGGAAAAGAUGAAAACCGAGGAAAAUCUUGUGGAGGAGUUGAGGAAAAGUUUGGAUAGUGCGAAAGGCAGGGUGAAAGAUGACGGAAAACGUGUGGAAGAGUUGGAGAAAGAGGUGGGUAGUAAGAAUGAGGAGGUGAAGAAGAUGGAGGCUAGGUUGAAAGCUAGUCAAAAGGAAACUGAGGAGAAGAUGAAGAUGGAGAUGAAAGGUAUGAUGGGAAGGUUUGAUAAAGAACGGGAGGAAGAUAAGAAGCUACGUGCGUCGUUAGAGAAAACUGUUGAGAACUUGAAAACAAUUAUGGAAAGUAAGGAUAAAACUAUUAGUAAGUUAGAGGGGGAAGUGAAAGGGUUGAAAAAUACUACCGUAGUGGUUAGUGGGGGUGGAAAUAACAAUAACAACAACAAUAAUAACGUGUCAAAAGUAGUGGAAAGUGAAGAGAUGGAGUCUCUAAGGAACCAGGUGAGUUUCUUGAAUUCAAUUAUCGUAGAUCUACAAAAUAGGAACGAGGAAAUGAAGAAAACAAUGGCUAAUAUGGAAACGAAUGGUGGUUUGCAGUCAGCUGAUCAGGUCUCCGUUGAAAGGAAGUUGCCAGCGCCGCGGUUGUAUUGUGACAUUUGUGAAGAGUUUGACGCGCAUGAUACAGAUGAUUGUCCGAGGCAAGCUAACGAUCCCCCCUCUCCACCGCCUCAUCAACCCGCCACCACCCCCAAGUACCCUCGCGGCUAUGAGCGGCCAUAUUGUGACAUCUGUGAGGUGUUCGACCACGAUACAGCUGACUGUGAGGAACAGGACACUUAUUAGAUUCUAAAAAAAGUUUGUGUUUGUUCAAAGAGUUUCUAAAUAGGUGCGUACUGACUUGAACGCCACGAAUAUGCGCAUUUCAAUUUUCAUCAGCUGAUGUUACGCUUAUUAUAUCUGUACCUUACUGUUUCUGUACAAAUACAGAUAUAAUCAGCUGAUGAAAAGUGAAAUGCACGUGUUCGUGGCGCUUAAAUCUGUACGCAGCUUUACUAGCAAGACAGUAUAUUUAUUACUACACCUACACAGUAUGUUGCUACAUUGUAGCUCAAAAGCUCAAUUUGUGACAAUUUAGCAAAGAUUGAAGAUUGUUAGAAUUUUUCUAAUAGUUUAGGUACAGAUUGUAACCGUACUGUAUUUGUUUUUGUGUUAUGUACAUUAUUUGUCCAGCCCAAGUUGUUGAAUUGUUUUAUUCUACAUAGGGUGAUUUUAUAGUAACAUUUUUUGUUACAUUAAUAUUGGAUCUUAAUGAAGCAUGAUCCUGACUAGUAUGACUAGAUACACAAAAGUAAUACACUCUAGUAGCUCAAAAUGUUACAAUUUGCAAAGUUUGAAGGUUGUUUAAAUUAUUUCAAAAAAAUCGAACAAUCUUGAAGGGAUAUUCUAUCCAAAUUUACUAUAAUGUUUAUGUAAGUAGUAAGUUCACAGCCUUCAUGUCCAAGUUGUGUCCCAUGACAAUUUGCAAGUAUUGUUUUAUUUAUUUCAAAUGAAAAAAUGGUAUUUUUGCAAUGAUAAGUGUGAAAAAUUAGGAAGUUUCAAAUUCCGAUGCAUUCAAAGUCAAUCUUUGAUGUUUGAUUGUUAUACAUUGAGAAAAUUAUCAAAUAAUUUAUUAAUUAAUUGAAAAGUGAUCACCCAAUAGAAAUCGAUUAUGUGUUGGAAAUGCAUGAGACUACACUGAGAAGCCAAGGGCAUUGAAAUUAUUAAAUAAAUAUGUAUUGAAAUUAUAGCAGCAACAAUAUUGAAGUAUUGAUCUGUCGGUUUUGGGCCGAGUAAUUUUCUAUAGCUUUAGAUAUAAGUUGAAUCUAAUAGUAGUAUUGAAAUAAUCCUAUUUCUGCUCAAAGAGUUAAAAUCCAAAAUACUGUAAGCUAUUGUACAACUUGCAAUAAGUUACUAUGCAUAAUCUUUAAUAUCUUGAACAAUAUUGAUAAUUCUGGAAAUGGAUAAUAUUUGUUAGAAUUUACUAAAAUCGGAGAUCAAAUCAUAAUUAUUGUCGUUUGUGCAAAUCAGACAUUUAUUUUAAUCAUAAAAUAUUCAUGUUUUUUCAGCUUGACAACACAGCUAUUACUUGCAGUUAAUUUAUUGUGCCUAACAAUAAUUGCCUCUAUUUAUUUAUCACUAUUAAAUGUCAAUAACAGUUAGAUUAGAUCGUCCUCUCCAUUAUCAAAUAGUUAAUUUAUUACAAUUGGCUGUUAGAGUUAUCUUAGUUAUUCUUAUAUUAUUCAUAAUAUUUGUAAGAAGCUAAUUGAUUUGUUUUAUCGACUUAUCAUUGUUGUAUCUUGUAAAAAUAUGUAUUUUCUUCAACAAUUUGACAGCCCAAAACCUGGAGUUUAUUCAGAUUUACUGAAACAGAAUUUGAUAUUCUGGGGUCAUAUUUACCUGGGGUUGGAUUCUGGUAUGUAUUGUAACAUCCCUUUCUCAAAAUACUGAUACCCACGCACAAAUCACAGACUUAUGUGAGAAUCAUCACCAAUAUGGAAGAAUAAUUACCAAAAAUGCUUUAAUGUGACUAAUCAAUUUUAGUACAAGAUGUUGGUUGUUUCAAAGUCAAUUCAAAAUUCUGUUGAUAGGCAAUAGUCGCUGAAUUAAGUUGAAACUUUCAUAUAUCUUCAUUUAAGACCCUAAUAACCCUCAAUUUGAAUAAAUGUAACUGAAUGUGUUUACAAAAGUAUUCCUAGUAACUUUUCUGUGAUUGAUUUGUUAGCUUGUUACAGUUUAGUUUACUCUAAUUGUUUGGCAAUGUUUUGUUUGAAAGAGUUUAUAUAUCUGUUUCUCGUAAUAUUGUUUGUUGAAGUACGCUAUUAAUGUCCUAUCAAUUUUCCUAACUCAAUAAUCUAUGUAAUAAUUGUAAUAUUGUACUGUUUUAGAAGUAUUUUCAACCGUUAAUUAGGUACUAAUAAACUUUGGUUUUUUUUUCUUGUGUAUCUGUUACUCUAACAGCUUAGCUACUGAUUUAUAUGACUCAAGUUUGUGUAAUGACUCUGUUACAAUUAGUGGCCUAUUGUUUUUGAAGUAGAAAUAACAUAACUAAAUGGUAAUAAAUUUGGGUUAUGAAACUAAUUACAGAAUAUUUAUUAUAAAAGCUGUAGAUUCUUGUAUACAGGCAGCUUACUGAAAAGAUUCCAUCCAUGAUUACAAAUUGUAUUGUACAUUUCUCAAUAUCAUUUAUGAUCUUUCUAGAUUUUUGCACAAGCAUCAUAGUUGAACCAAAUAAUCAGCAGUUUAACUCAAAUGAUGAAUUAUGCAAUUCAUAAAGUUUUUGUGUUGGGAAAACUUUGUAAAUGAAACUUUUUAAAGGACUUUGUAAAUCUUUGUAAAGGAUAAUGACUGAAUAUAGUCUUUUAUUAGACUUGGAAAUAAUGGACUUGAAAUCUAGUUUGAUAAUGAGGUUUGAAACAUUACAAGUUUGUAUCGCGUAUUUGAGGAAUUGAUUAAUCAUAUUUAUAUAAAUAAAGUAAACAAUAGUAAGAUUUAUUAAUUGUGAAUAAGCUACUCUUGUUCAUUCGAAAAAUUGAUUGUAAUCUGAAUUUGUAGCAAUAGAUUUGUGAACCAGUUUUUAGGAUAACAAUUCCCAAUUAUUGGAUAGUUAUAAUUUGAUUAAUGUAAGAGACUGAAUGUUCAUACAGCUACAGAAUCUAUAAGAACAUUUAAACUAAUAAUAAUUUAAUUGUUUUUUUCAAUCUGUAGUAUUUUUUCUCAUUGAAUUGUUCAUCUGUUAUAGAUUCUUUAUUAGUUAAUUUGAGAUUUGGAUUUUUGUUUAAUGAUUCUGUUUCAUUAAAUGUAUCUUAAUAUUAACUUCAUUUUUUCAAGGACUUAUCCAAGCGUAGCCUGGACUAUGUAAAAAUCUCGUAAGCUACGGUCCAGGUUGUCACUUUUGAAGGAUAAUUUCAUCUUAAUAUUAGUAAUAACUUAUUGCUGGCCAGUUUUAAAUAUUUGCUCAUUAUUCAUUACAACUUAAUUAAAUGAAAGAUUCUACAUAAUAUUAAUUAAUCCAAUCCAAGUACCUAAAACUUAUCUCUGAACAAAUGUCUAAUAUUGUGUCUUCCCAUCUAUUCAGUUUGCAAUAAAUCAUUUUAUUUCAAUUAUUGUGCAAAACAAAAGUAACUUAUCUUUCUUUGUUAUAUGGUAGCUUAAUUUAGGUUGUGAGUCUGUAAAAUUGGACCUUUGCAGUUAAUUCUUGUUGAUCAACUUGAGUUAUCAAUUAUUAUUAAUUACUGUUAUUAUGCUUAGUGGGCUCCAAGUAUUCUAAAUAAUUAAUAAAUUACCGGUAAUUGCCUUGCCAAAUUUUACUCUAGAGUAGCUAUUAUUAUUGUAAUAUAUUAAUCUAUUUAUUGUUUUGUUUAAUUGUGUAAUUAUGUAAAUAAUUAUGUUACAAUUUAUCGUUGGCAAUAGGUCAUCUUACAAGAACAAUGCAAGAUUUAACAAUAUUGUAAAAUGCAAUGUUUGAAUAAAUUGUGAAGUUAAUCUUUA